UCAUCAAUCAUCUCCCCCUCCUGCUUCUAGAUCCUUCGCCUUCCAUCGCGCACUUUCUAUGCAGCCAUAAAUCUUUCUUUACUAAUAUUCUCACUAUUCUUUGCUUACCACUCUUCCUUGUCUGUAGUUUUGAUCUGUCUCCCGCACUAUAUUUAUUUCACAGUCGCAGGUAUUUUGAAGCAAUCUCUCUCUUUAUUGCUGUCAAAGGAAUUCGGGCGUUAUUUCGUCUGUAGCAAGAUGAGUCGGCAUCCUGAAGUCAAGUGGGCACAGAGGUCUGAUAAGAUAUAUAUUACUAUUGAACUGCCUGAUGCAAACAAUCCAAAAGUGAAGGUUGAACCUGAGGGAAAGUUGUCUUUCUCUGCAAGAGUUGGGAAAGAUCAAGUAUUGUAUGAGUUUGGUCUUGACUUGUUAGACAGGGUAAAUGUGAAGGAAAGUAAAACUAAUGUUGGCUUGAGGAACAUAGUCUGUAUUAUUGAAAAGGAGGAAAAGAAAUGGUGGAAGCAGUUGGUGAAGACUGAAGGAAAGCGAUUAUCAUUCCUAAAAGUUGAUUGGAACAAAUGGGUUGACGAGGAUGAAGAUGGAGGCAAGGACAUGGAUCUUAGUCAGAUGGAUUUCUCGAAACUAGGAAUGGAUGAUGAUGAUCUUGAUUAUAAUGAGCUUGAAGAUGAGGAGGAGAUUGGUAGUGAAAAUCAGUCUGCUGAUGAAAAAGAAGGUCAAGAACCUCAUAUAGAAGAUUCAGGCAAGGGAAAGGCCAUAGAGACUUGAUCAAUCUGUCAGGACAUCUAAAAACAGGAAAAGAUGUCAAUGAUGAUGGGUGCAAAAAUAUAAAUAUGCAAUAAUUUGACAUUUUUAUUUUCCUUCUCAUUAUAUGUUUAUAUAUUCUAUAAUUUAUUGCGUGCGCAAGGCAAGUCUUCGUGACCUUUUGUCUUAAGGCCAAGACAGCGUGUUACAGCCACAUGCAAUUCUCAGUAGGAUUUUUAGAUAUAAAAUAUGACCAAAUCUUUCCUCAGUCUCUUGUUAAUUUGAAAUUUUUUUGUUUCAUCUUUUUUAAUACAAUCGAUGGUGACUUGGAUUUAUAAGCUCAA